AAUGUUGAGUACUACUUUUAAAUACAGUUAAGUAACGAUUAAAGGAACUAUAUUUGAAAUUAUGGAGUUAUCAAUAUUGUUACUGGGCUUUACAAUUUCCUGGGCUAAUUCAGCACCUACUACUUAUAAUAAUAAUGCAGUGGGAUGUGUGAAGUGCCAUUCUGUUGUUGCUGAUAAAAUUAAUGUUCAUUUAAUACCUCAUUCCCAUGACGACGUGGGAUGGUUAAAGACGGCUGAUCAAUAUUAUUAUGGCAUGAAUACUUCCACUCAACAAGCUGGUGUUCAAUACAUCAUUACUUCAGUGUAUGAAGCACUUUUAGAAGAAGAAGAUAGAAGGUUCAUUCAAGUAGAAACGGAGUUUUUUUGGAGAUGGUGGAACCAUCAAAGUGAUGAAGUGAAACUUAAAUAUAAGAAUUUGGUCGACAAUGGCCAAAUAGAAAUGGUUAACGGGGCUUGGUCGAUGAACGAUGAGGCUUGUUCGAAUUAUCAAUCUACAAUCGAUCAAUUCACGUGGGGUUUAAGAACGCUUGAUGAGACUGUUGGUAAAUGCGGUAUACCUCGAAUAGGUUGGCAAAUUGAUCCGUUCGGACACAGCAGAGAGCAAGUUUCUCUAUUAGCUCAGAUGGGGUAUGACGCAAUUAUGUUUGCUAGAUUAGAUCAUGAUGACAAAACACAAAGACAAAAAAGGAAAGCUCUUGACUUCGCUUGGCAAGGAAGUGCUAAUUUAGAUGAUUCCGUUCUUUUUGGAAGUGCUUUUGCGACAAGUUUGUAUUUUCCCCCAGAUGGAUUUUGUUGGGACUACAAAUGUACAGAUGAUACUAUCGAUGACGAUCCGAAAAGUCCAGAUUAUAAUAUUUUAAGCAAGAUUCAAAAUUUCACCGCAAUUAUUAAUAAGUAUAAGGAAUAUUUUCCCACGAAUAAUGUGAUUAUACCAAUGGGAGGUGAUUUUCAAUAUGAAGCAGCAAGUAAGAAUUAUAUAAAUAUGGAUCGUUUCAUUAAAGCCUUUGCAAACCACACUGAACUUAAUGUGAUAUAUUCAACACCUUCAUGUUAUGUUGAAGCUGUGAACAAUGCUAUGAAAAACUCAAGCUCAUCCCUCACUUUGAAAGAAGAUGAUUUCUUUCCAUACAGUGAUAGUAAUCACUCUUUUUGGACUGGGUAUUUUAGUUCCAGACCGAAUUCCAAACGAUUCGAACGAAUUGGACACAACGUUCUCCAGGUGGCUAAGCAGCUUUAUGCUCAGGGUUCCUUUAGUGGUGAAAAUUUCGAUAAAAAUUUGAAAUUUCUGAAAGAAGCGAUGGGUGUUAUGCAGCAUCAUGAUGCUAUAACAGGAACUGAAAAGCAACAAGUUGCUAACGACUACGUUAGAAGACUUUCCAGAGGUAUAGAACACGCUGAAAAGGAUUUUGGAACUGUUCUAGGAAAUCUUCUCAACCUCACUAUAAAUAUUAACUUGGAAUCAUGUCUGUUAACAAAUAUAAGCAUUUGCAGCGUCUCACAAAAUUCAGAACAAUUUAUUGUAAUAGUAUACAAUCCAUUAUCAUGGACAAUAAACCAUUACGUUCGUCUUCCCGUUGAAGAAGCUGAUUACGAAAUAAACCCCAAAGGUACUCUUUAUGAUUUAAUUCCAACCAUUAGUGAUUUUUCUUACGUGGACGAACAGUUAGGAAGACCAAGUGAAUUUGAGUUGGUUUUCGCUGCUACUGAUAUACCACCAAUGGGUUUCAAAUUAUAUCAUAUUAAAAAAUCACCUAAAAGUGAGGUUACAUCUGUGCCAACAGGAGAUAGCGCCGCCUUUAAACUAUCUAACAACACUCAUCUUUUGAAGUCGAUUACUUUAGGCGGUAAGACUUUAGGGAUCUCGCAAACUUUUGGAUAUUAUUCGAGCGAAACAGGAGAACGCGAUAAAACGGGGGUCGCCUCUGGAGCUUAUAUUUUCAGACCAACAGCUGAAGGAUCUAGAAUAUUAGAGAACGUCAAACUUCUGCGCAAAUUUUCAGGAAACGUCGUAGACGAGGUUCAACAAAAAUGGACCACUGAUAUAGUUGACAUUUACCAGACAAUAAGGUGGUACAAGAAAGAAAAUUAUAUUGAAUUAGAUUGGAUAGUUGGUAAUAUAGACAUAGUCAAGUAUCCAGGAGGUAAAGAAAUUAUUUCCAAAUUCACAAUAACCGAUGAUUUCGACAACAAACAUACAUUUUACACAGAUUCGAACGGUAGAGAGAUGAUUCGAAGAGUUAAAAACAAAAGACCAGAUUAUUCGUAUAAUUCUUCCGUUGAACCGAUAUCUAGUAACUACUAUCCGGUAACAUCUAGAAUUGUUAUUAAAGAUGAAGAAAAAGAUAUUGAAGUAGCUGUACUUACUGACAGAUCUCAGGGUGGAUCCAGUUUGGAGCCGUAUGAAAUGGAAUUGAUGGUACACAGAAGAAUAUUGAAUGAUGAUCAUAAGGGAGUCGAAGAAAGUUUGAAUGAAACAGAAUUUGGAGCAGGAAUUUACGUCAGAGGUUCUCAUUAUCUUUUUGUUGGCAAUAAAGAUACAUCUGCAGCUCAAGAACGUAUAUUAGCACACAAAAAAUUGCUGCAACCUUGGGUUGGACUCACGGCAACUAAUUUGACGUACGAUGAUCUUGAAAAUACUCAACCUAAUAAAAAUUUGCAGUACCAAGCCCUAAAUGAACCUCUACCUGAUAAUGUGAAUAUCUUAACAUUCGAACCUUGGACCGAUGGUAAAUAUCUUUUAAGACUGGAACACAUUAUGGAGAAAAACGAUGAUAAAACCAAGUCUCAACCCGUUACAGUGGAUAUAGCAAACGCUUUUAAAUACUUUAGCAUUGUUGAAAUGGAGGAAAUGACGCUUGGAGCCAACCAGUUACUAUCCGAAUUUAAUAAAAGAGAGAAAUAUAUUUGGAAAACUAACAAAGGUACUUUCACUAAGAAAUACGAACAAAAGAACGAAGAUAAAUUUGGUCCUGUACCUUUAGAACCGAUGCAAAUUAGGACGUUUGUAGUAAAACUUGGGCCAGCUCAACUUCAUGGUAAUGGGAUAGUAAUUCAACCAACUACAAUCUUAAUUUGUUUAUUUAUCAUUUUGACGAAUUUAUUUUAAAGUUAUUCAGUAUUAUACUUUUGGUAUAAAGUAAUUGUAGAUAUAUGUUUUAGAAAUUUUUAUAAUAAAAUUUAAUAGAAAA